UCCCGUGAUCACGAACUCAUAACAAACAUGGCUGAACAACAAACUGAUGAAACGGAAGAUACUUGUCAAUUGGUGUAUGAGCAGGGUGGUGUGUUUGCGCACAAGAAUGGCAAUGCCAGGAAUGAAGAUGUCCUCAUAGCAGGGAAGAUGGUCGUGUGCAAGAGGGAUAUGAAAGUGUUUGUGGAAUGGCAGCCAGAAGUUCAAACGGACUGUUCUACGUCCGAGCCAAACACAGAGCUGGACUGGACGCAGGUUAAUGCUGUUGGUUAUAAGUCGCACAAGUCUGACAGCGAUGGGCCAGUUGGAGAUGGAGAAUUAAGAAUGCUACACAAAAAUAAAAAACUACACAUCAGUAUUGAUGUUAGAGACCUAAAAAGUUAUAAACUCUCUAAAAAGAAGGAAGGUUGGGAGCAUAUAACCUUUAUACAGAGAGAUGGCACAACUCACCCUCCUCUGCAUUUUCAUUCUGGAGGUGUGAACGAGUUUGUCGAGGUUCUCCGCCAAUAUGUGUCCAUCCUUAAGUCGCGCAAAGAUAGACGCCUCUUCUUGGUUAGUGAACAUGAAAUGACUGCCCUGCAAAAGUCGUUCCACGAACUGCAGUUGUUUGGAGAGCAGUCAACCGACCUGGUCAACAAGAUUUACACGGACCCAUACACUGCCACAAUGAGUGGGCUCGCAAAGGUUCGCAAUUUCCUGUGGGACAACCUCGUUGUGCCGGAGACGCGGCCAAGGUCAGAGGUGGCAGACAUCCUACUCACUGAUCCGGACAACAUCCUGGUGCCUGGCUUGAUGUUCGAUAGGGAUGAGAACGAGCCAGAAUUCGAACUCAUCUGCUGCACAGAACUUCCUCCCAGGGUAGAAGUAAGCCGUAGUGAGCCGUUCACUGCUGUUGAGUGGGAAGACCAGCUGGAUGCUCAGGGUAGAAUCGACGACUGGGACCACAUCAAGAACAGGGUAUUCAAAGGGGGAAUUAGUCACUCAUUGCGAGGUGAAGUGUGGAAGCUACUGCUGAACUACUAUCGUGUCGAUUCCACCUCAAAAGAACGCACAGAAACCCGAAAACAAAAACUAGAUGACUACUUUAGAAUGAAGUUGCAAUGGAAGUCGAUAUCUGCUGACCAAGAGAGUCACUUCUCUGUGUUUAGAGACUACAAGAGCCUAAUAGAGAAGGACACAGAUCGUACGGACCGCACACAUCCCUUUUACCAGGGACCAGACAAUGCAAAUAUUGCCAUGCUCUACGAUGUCCUCAUGACAUACUGCAUGUAUAACUUUGACCUUGGCUACGUUCAGGGCAUGAGUGACCUCCUCGCCCCGAUCCUCGUCAUCCUAGAAAAUGAGGUCGAUGCCUUCUGGUGCUUCGUUGGCUUCAUGGAGAAAGUGAAGCACAACUUUGACCUUGACCAGCAAGGAAUGAAAACGCAGCUGAAGAAUCUGUCGACAUUGCUGCAUUUCUCUGACAAUCAGCUAUUCACAUAUUUAGAGAGCAAUGAUUCGGGCAACCUGUAUUUCUGUUUCCGAUGGGUUCUCAUCAUCUUCAAGAGAGAAUUCAUAUUUGCUGAUAUUAUGCGGCUGUGGGAGGUUCUAUGGACGGACUUGCCCUGUGAAAACUUCCAUCUGCUUAUCUGCUUGGCUAUCUUGGACACACAGAAGCACAUCAUCAUUGAGAACCAGUUUGGGUUCACUGAAAUACUAAAGCAUAUCAAUGACCUUUCACUCUCCAUCGACCUUGAGCUGACAUUGAAGAAGGCAGAGGCCAUCUUCCUACAACUGAAAGAAUGUCCUGACACGCCGAAGAAGGUUCGGGAGGUCAUCGGAUUGGAGGGGGGCAACAAUGACUCGGAUGCUGCCACACCGGAGGAGGACCAAAACGAACUGAUCCACGAUCAGUGCCAUCUAGUGACAACGACCGAGCACAGAAUAUAAUUAUAGGAGUUGGGUGGGGGGGGUGGAAUGCUGUCAUAUCCCUUGCAGCAUCAUCCAUGUGACAUUUACAGGAGAUUUGCUGAGUAUUCAGGGACAUCUAAUUUGCAUGUAAGUUCCUGUAGGUUUGGUCUCCGUGGCUGUGAUUGCUAUAUAUAGCUAACAUCACCUCAGCGUGACAUUAAAGAUUGCCUUCCUAUGUAAAUUGCUCUAUCACACCUAUAAUCUGGUAAAGGGUCAUUAUUUUGGCAUUGUGCGUUUACAUUUGCCUAUACAUGUAUAACAGCCUAAAAAUACAGAUUGUGUGGAUUAUACCACUUGUAUGGAU